CUCCUAUCUCACGUAUCCCAAUAAGAGCCUCGGAGGAAGCAGCCCGUCUCCUCCAUGUACAAGGAGGGAAGAAGCAUGUCACGGUUGUCUCUGACCCGGUCCCCGGUCUCUCCCCUGGCCUCCCAGGGGAUCCCACUGCCGGCUCAGCUGACCAAGUCGAACGCCCCGGUGCACAUCGACGUCGGGGGACACAUGUACACCAGCAGCCUGGCGACCCUCACCAAGUACCCGGACUCCAGAAUCAGUCGUCUGUUCAACGGCACCGAGCCCAUCGUGUUGGACAGCUUGAAGCAGCACUACUUCAUAGAUCGGGACGGCGAGAUAUUCCGCUACAUUCUCAGCUUCCUCAGGACCAGCAAACUGCUGCUUCCAGACGACUUCAAGGACUUCCACCUGCUGUACGAGGAGGCGCGCUACUACCAGCUGAUGCCCAUGAUCAAGGAGCUGGAGCGCUGGAAGCAGGAUCGCGAGCAGCGGCGGAUGGCGCAGCCCUGUGACUGCCUGGUGGUUCGCGUCACACCCGACCUGGGCGAGAGGAUCGCCCUGAGCGGCGAGAAGGUCCUCAUCGAGGAGAUCUUCCCGGAGACCGGAGACGUCAUGUGUAACUCAGUCAACGCCGGCUGGAACCAGGAUCCAACGCACGUCAUCCGCUUCCCCCUCAAUGGCUACUGCAGGCUCAACUCUGUCCAGGUACUAGAGCGUCUUUUCCAGAAAGGCUUCAGCGUGGCGGCGUCUUGCGGAGGCGGCGUGGACUCAUCCCAGUUCAGCGAGUACGUGUUGUGUCGCGAAGACCGGCGGAGUCUUUCCCUCAGCACGCCCAUCAGGAUAAAACAGGAACCGCUGGACUAGAGCAUCCUGGGAGAGGGACUGCCAACACUACCAACGCUCCUUCCAUCUUCCCCACCCUAUCUUGCCCCCUUCCCUGCCCUAACAGGACCACAACCGGCCCCAACAUACCGAAGUAUUAGCGGAGGCUUGUUCACCUCGCCGCCUCUGCAGAACUCUUAAGGGGAAUGUAGUACCAAACAAAGGAGGAAGAAAAAAGCAUCAGCAGUAAAAGUUUUUGAUUACGUGAAAUGACGCCCGAAGAAUCUGGGACUGUGAUGAAAACAACGACGACGACUCGACUCACGCAGCUCACUUGAACCAUUAUAGCACCUUGACUGGUUGAUUUUUUCCCCUCUAAUUCUCAUUACAAAGGUGUCGUGACCCUUUUUGGAGGGACACAACUUCCCC